AUGUCGGAAAUCAUGUCAGCAGUCACGACGUGCCAAGGAUGCCAGUGUACUUCAGUUGGUUCACAAAAUACCAUCAUUUGCUCAAAGUUGGCUUCCAAAUGUGUGGUGAUGAAGGCGGAAAUUACUAACUCAAAACAUGGGAGAAGAGCAAAACCUGAAGGGGCCCUCCAGAACAAUGAUGGGCUUUAUGACCCCGACUGUGAUGAGAGCGGGCUCUUUAAAGCCAAGCAGUGCAAUGGCACCUCCACGUGCUGGUGUGUGAACACUGCUGGGGUCAGAAGAACAGACAAGGACACUGAACUAACCUGCUCCGAGCGAGUGAGAAUCUUCUGGAUCAUCAUUGAACUAAAACACAAAGCAAGAGAAAAACCUUACGAUGUUCAAAGUUUGCAGGCUGCGCUUCGGGAGGCAAUCACAACACGUUAUCACCUGGAUCAAAAAUUUAUCACAAAUGUUAUGUAUGAGAAUAAUGUUAUUACUAUUGAUCUGGUUCAAAAUUCUUCUCAAAAAACUCAGAAUGAUGUGGACAGAGCUGAUGUGGCUUACUAUUUUGAAAAAGAUGUUAAAGGUGAAUCCUUGUUUCAUUCUUCUAAGAAAAUGGACCUGAGAGUAAAUGGGGAACAGCCGGAUCUGGAUCCUGGUCAAACUUUAAUUUAUUGUGUUGAUGAAAAAGCACCUGAAUUCUCAAUGCAGGGUCUAAAAGCUGGUGUUAAUGCUGUUAUUGUGGUUGUAGUGAUAGCAAUUGUUGCUGGAAUUGUUGUGCUGGUUGUUUCCAGAAAGAAGAGAAUGGCAAAGUAUCAGAAGGCUGAGGUAAAGGAGAUGGGUGAGAUGAAUAGAGAACUCAAUGUGUAACAACUAUAAUUUGAAGAUUAUAGAAGAAGGGAAAUAUCAAAUGGACUCGGAUUUCAAAUGUAUAUGCAUGGGACGAAGACAUCUUCGCAGGUCACUGAUUUGUUAGUUAAACAUCAUAUAUUUGUAAUAGUGAAACCUGUACUCAAAAUAUAAGCAGCUUGAAAUUGGCUUUACCAAUCUUGAAAUUUGACCGCAAGUGUCUUAUAUAUGCAAAUCUAAUGUAAAACCCAGAACUUGGACUCCAUAGUUAAAAUUAUUUAUGCAUAACAUUCAAAUGUGUGCAUUAAAUAUGCUUCCACAGUAGAGUUUGAAAGACU